GCCUCCUGUGUUCAUGGAAAGAGGAGAGGAGGGGAUUCCCACUCAAUCACAAAGAGCUUUCCAGGGCUCCAAAGAGCCUACCUUCCUUAUCCAUCGGGUUGUCCUGCCCAGUGAUUCCCACUCGACCCUUCCGCCAGAAACCCAGUGCGGCGAUCUCACCGUAAACAUAAAGACCAACCCUCAGAAAAGGAGGCCCGGAACAGUAAUACUAUCAAAAGGCUCAAGUAGAACUAUGUCAGAAGGCCUGCCUAGCCCCCCUGUGAUCCCAUCCCGCAGGCCGGGGUUCCGGAUAUGCUAUAUCUGUGGCCGAGAAUUUGGAUCCCAGUCACUUGCCAUUCAUGAGCCCCAGUGCUUGGAGAAGUGGCGCAUUGAGAACAGCAAACUGCCCAAGCACCUGAGGAGGCCGGAACCUUCCAAACCACAGCCCAUCGGUGGCAGUGGCUCCUAUAUCCUUCAGGCAGCCAACGAGGAGGCAUUUCAGAGGGCUCAAGCUCAGCUGCUCCCCUGUGACUACUGUGGUCGCACGUUCUUGCCAGAUCGUCUCCUGAUUCACCAGAGAAGCUGCAAGCCAAAGGGUGAGAAUCCCAGAACACCGGGCACGGAUAGUCCUGAUGUUCCUACUGGUCUCAAGAAAGCUUCUAGCGGCGUCCCAGCCAGACCAAGGACUCUCAUCUGUUACAUUUGUGGUAGGGAAUUUGGCACACUGUCCCUUCCUAUCCAUGAGCCCAAAUGCUUGGAAAAGUGGAGAAUUGAGAAUGACCGGCUCCCGAAAGAGCUGCGUCGGCCACUGCCCCAGAAGCCCCAACUGCUUCCAACUGGACAUCCCAGUCAAGAAGGGGCAAGCCAAGCUGUGCUUGUGCCUUGCCCGAACUGUGGCCGGACCUUUGCCCCGGACCGCUUACCUGUACACCAGAGAAGUUGUAAGUCUCAACUGAGUGGGCCCAAGAUUCCGGAUUCAAACUUAGAAAGGAAAGGUGGCCCAAAAAUACCCACCAAUUCCAAGCAACAAAGGAAUAUGGCAGCACCCAAUGAGGACAAGCCAACAAUGAUAAGGCGUCCACCAACAGUUGUUUGUUACAUCUGUGGACGUGAAUAUGGGACCAAAUCUAUUAGCAUCCAUGAGCCACAAUGUCUGAAAAAAUGGCAUAAUGAGAACAACUUGUUGCCUAAAGAACUAAGGAGACCAGAACCGAAAAAACCAGAAGUUAGAACCAUUACUGCCAAAGGGUUCUACGAUCUUGAUGCCUUAAAUGAAGCUGCUUGGACAAGUGCCCAGAGCCAAUUGGUUCCCUGCAACGUUUGUGGGCGGACCUUCCUGCCAGACAGACUGAUUGUUCACCAGCGAUCUUGCAAACCUAAAGCCGCCAAGUAAAGCCCUUUCCUCUGCA